GUCAUUGUAAACAAAAAUGGAGAGGAGUGACUGACGUUUGACACUCAACUGAUAAAAAAUCUUGUCAAAUAAUCUCAUGGCUGUGAUAAUUGUAUGAAUAUGGCUUCUGUUAAGGUAGCAGUGCGCGUCCGACCUUUCAAUCAAAGGGAAAAAGAUCUACACUGUGCAUGUAUUGUAGAGGUUGAAGGCAAGAAAACAAGACUUAACAACAAUAAGGCAGCCUUGGGCGAUGGCUCAGAGAAUAGAGAACGCGGGAAGGACUUCACCUUUGACUAUUCGUACUGGUCCCACAAAGAAGAAGAUAGACAUUUUGCACCUCAGGUACAGAUAUAUGAAGAUCUUGGAACAGAUGUUGUAUCCAAUGUUUUACAAGGGUACAAUGCUUGUGUAUUUGCCUAUGGUCAGACUGGAAGUGGGAAAACCUUUACAAUGAUGGGGAGCCAGGCUAAUCCAGGUUUGAUACCAAGAAUCUGUGAAGCACUGUUCUCAAAAAUGGCUGAAGGCAGGGAAGCUGGAACCACUUACAAGGUAGAGGUGAGCUACCUGGAGAUCUACAAUGAACGAGUGAAAGAUCUUCUUCGACAAGGCAGUGAGAACACCACCCACUCUUUGCGUGUGAGAGAACACCCAAAACUCGGCCCUUAUGUCCAAGACCUCUCCAAUCACUUGGUUCAUCAGUACUCUGAUAUCCAGGAGUUAAUGGUAAGGGGAAAUUCUAUCCGAACUACUGCAAGUACCCACAUGAAUGAUACCAGCUCUAGAAGUCAUGCCAUAUUCACUGUAACAUUUAUACAAGCAAAACUACUGUCAGACAUGCCCCUUGAAACACGGUCUAAAAUCCACCUUGUUGAUUUAGCAGGCAGUGAACGUGCUGAUGCCACAGGAGCCACAGGUCAGAGGCUGAAAGAAGGAGCACAUAUUAACAAGUCCCUAGUCACGCUAGGCUCUGUCAUAAGUGCUCUGGCCGAACAAGCUGCAAAAGCUACUUCAGGAAAGACUGUUUUCAUUCCAUAUAGGGACUCUGUCUUGACAUGGCUUUUGAAGGAUUCUCUUGGUGGCAAUUCAAAAACCAUCAUGAUUGCAACAAUCUCUCCAGCUGAUGUUAAUUAUGGGGAGACAUUAAGUACUCUACGAUAUGCAAAUCGUGCGAAGAACAUUAUCAAUAAGCCAACCAUCAAUGAAGAUCCAAAUGUGAAGCUUAUCAGAGAAUUACGAGAGGAGAUCAUGAAGCUUAAGAGCAUGAUUCAUGAGUUUUCAGUUGUUGGGCCAGAGGAAAGCAGUGAGAAGGGAAGUAUUCUGGCCACACUGAGUCAGAAACAAGCCAAAGAAAAGGAGCUCACAGAUCAGUGGACAGAACGAUGGAGUGAAACACACACAAUCCUCCAGGAACAGAAGACCCUAGGGUUAAGGAAGGCUGGGCAAGGGGUAAUCCUUGAUUCAGAACGUCCCCAUCUGGUCCUAAUAGAUGACAACCUCCUGACCACAGGAGUCACAUUAUACCACCUUAAUGAUGGCACAACCACCAUAGGAUCUCUGCCAUCUCAGGAUAUUAGACUGGAGGGAGGAGAAGUGCUUGAGGAACACUGCACUAUCCACCUGCAUGAUGGGGCAGCGGUGUUAGAGUCCCGGCCAGAUGCUCAGUGCUGGGUCAACUCGCAGUUUGUUGAUAAGCCCAGUAGGCUCACUCAAGGAUGUGUGGUAGUGCUGGGAGGAAGUCACAUGUUCCGCUUCAAUGACCCCCAAGAAGCUGCGAGGCUGAGGAAGGAAGGAAAUAAGACACACCUUAAUCUCUCCCGCCUGUCCUUCUUGUCAAGAUCUGCCACCGAUCUUGUCAGAUCAUUUGACAAUCUCUCAGGGAUGGAGAAUGACUCUGAGAAGCAACAGAUGGAUGUCAGCAAUGUGUCCCGUAUGACCAAGAUGUCCAGAUUAGCUGAGGCAGCAGAUUUAUGUGAAAUGUCAACCCAAACAAGUCUGCACACACACAGCCAGCCAACAACUCCUAUUGGCAGUCAUCUUGAAGGGAGCUUGAGUAACCAUGCUCUCAGAAAAGCCAGAUGUCUUAUGCACACUGAUUUUCCCCCUCAUUCCCCUCUGCCAGGAGAAAAGGGAAGAUCCAAAGGAAACAGUUCAGUGAAUUCUACACCAGCCUCAGACACCUUCUACACUGCUACAUCUGUCCUCUCGCCCGACCCUCGUGACCUGAUCUCACCUCUGUCUCCUUUACCUCUUGAUGUCCCUCCCUCAGAAUGUGGGAGGGGAAGACUUGUCUCUAAGAAUAUCAAAGUAGAUGCAGGAGAGAUUCCCAGAACUCCAGAUUGUGCCAGUGCCAUUGCCAAAGAUAAUCUAGCAGCUUUCCUUACAUCUCCUAUCCUGCAAGUAGAAGGUCCCCCCUUCCCGGGUUUUUACAAUAACAUAGCCUUAGAUAAUAAUAAUAAAGGUUGUGCAAAUGGAAAUCUAGAAAAUCAGUCUCAAGUCAAUGUUAAUCAGAAGAGUAUUGGCACUGAAGUUGCCAAGGCAUCAAAAGUGCUGCUAAGACUUCGUGAAGGGUCAGAAAAGCAAGACACCAGUGUCAGUAAACAGUCGAUCUUCAGCCACCUUAGGAAAAAGACAGGGUGCCCCAAAAGGAAAAGACACAAGAAGAUCAAGAAGCAAGGGAAGACAAAGAAAAUGGACACCAUGUUGAAAGACCCACUGAUCUUCCACUAG